UAUUUAUUGGCGACCUGUUCAGCCAUAUCUAGUUAUUCUGGUACUGAAAAAUCAAAUCUCCGCUCCCGACGCACCCACACAUUAUUCAGUGGUGAAGACGAAAAACUCUUGCCUAAUUUUAAGUCUCCUAUUGCUAUAGCCAAUAAGAAACUCCCACACCACCCCCUGCACAUGCGCUGUAGAUGCUUAAGAAGCCAACACGGAGCCAUGAGUGUUCCAGCAGACCAGCCCGAUGAUGAGCUUACCAUCCCUCGGGCUGCCAUGAACAAGAUGAUAAAAGAGAUUCUUCCAAAUGUACGAGUUGCAAAUGAAGCUCGGGAGCUUAUUCUUAACUGCUGCACAGAGUUCAUACACCUCUUGUCCUCUGAAGCUAAUGAGAUCUGUAACCAGCAGCAAAAGAAAACUAUAAAUGCAGAACAUAUAUUAAAGUCCUUAGAUACACUUGGCUUUGGUGACUACCGAGCUGAAGCUGAGGCAGUGCUUAAGGACUGCAAGGCCAUGGCAGCCAAGAAGAGAAGAAAAAGUACACGUCUAGAAAAUCUUGGGAUCCCUGAAGAAGAAUUACUUAGGCAGCAGCAGGAGCUCUUUGCCAAGGCUCGCCAGGAACAAAUGUUGAUGCAACAACAGGAGUGGCAGAUGGUACAGGCUCAAGCUGCAGCAGCUCAGCAGCAGCAACAAGAGCAACAGACUAUUGAUGAUGAUGAAGAUUACUCCUAAAACUUCUCCUUAAGUCACGACCAGAAGUAUUUUGUCUGUUCCAUUUUGAGUUUUGCAAUGACUUUAGUAAGUUUGGUAAAUUAAUUCAUUUAAAGUAAUCUGAAAAUAGUGAGACUUAAGAUUGCAGGAGUCCUUUUCAUUUUCAUUAUAGAUUUUUUUAUUGUAAAACAUUGUUUCUAAUCAAAUUUUAAGCUGGUCAUGUUGCCUAUCAAAACACUGCUGUUAUUAUUUGGCUAACCAGAACAGUAUUCUUUCAACAGUUGUCCUUUUGCUACCAGUAUUUAUUACCAUACCUCCUGACCACAUCAAUACUACAGCCUGAUUUAUUAUUUUUUUCAAACAAACUUGAACCCAAAAGCUUAUUACUGUACUGGUAUUUCUUGUUUUUCGUGAUGUUGUUCUACCCUGUUGGUUUUAGUUUGACAGGUGCAUCUUGCAAAGACAAAAAGUUUAGGAUGGGCAUUUUGUUGUCAUAAAAAAUGAAAGGUAAAAGAAAAAAUUAUUGGUUUAUUCAGUGAGUACUGUACUGAACAUACUCAAAUGUAUUCACCCCACAUACGUACCAUAUACUGUACAGUCAAUUAUUUUCUUUAUGAACUGAAAAUCAGUCAGAUUUAUGUUUACGGAAAGGCCAUUUAUUAUGGUGAAAUAUUCGGAAUUGUAAUUUGUAGGCCUUAUGUUCCAAUUUCCAGUUUUGACCCAAGUGGAGACAGUACUGUACUGUAUUUGAUGUCAUGUGGAUUGCACAGAUUUUAAAUGUAAAGUGAGAAUUUUGCAAGUUUAAAUUUUUUUCACCCUUGUCAAGAAGUAAGUAAUUUUACUCUUUUUUGUUUGAUCUGAGCUCUUGUGUAUGUCCACUCCUAUAGUUUAAGCCCCUGUGUCACUGGCAGAAUUAGUAAUGUAAGGUGUAGAUGUGAGACCAUGCUUACACCACAGCAGGGUAGACCAUUUUUUUCAAUUUUGCUGUAAUAUUUUAUAAAAUAUGUCAUACCUCAACUUCAGGCAUAGAUGACAUUUAUGCUUAAAGAAAAUAUAUAUAGUUUACAGAAAAAAGGUAUACCUUUUCAAAUUUUCCUUGUGUGCACACUCUACCAUCUCCUUCCUAUCCUCCAUAUAACAGAUCCCACUUAAACCUUGAUUGGUUGGAAAUGUAAAUGCCUCAAGUCUGUUUUUUGUUAUCAGAGGCUGACAAUUUUAUUGUAGUGCAUACGGAAAUACUCUAGUGCAUAAGUAUUAGCUCUGACAAUACAUUAUGUUAGGGUGUCUUGGGAUUGGAGGGUUUAUAACUCCUUCUUAUAUGGUAUCCAUAUAAAUUUUUUUUUAUAUACAUAAAUUAUUUCUUACUGGAUUUGAAAAUGAAAGUGGAUAGGGGGUUUCUGAAAUACUAUCGGCUUAUAUUAGAUAUAUUGAAAAUUAGCAGAAUUCUGUUCUGUGUUAAGAAACAAUGUUAAUGAAAAAUUAAUUAACAAUUACUAUUCUCACUGAGGAUUGUAUAUUUUAUGAACAGAAAUAAUCACUGUUGCUGCAUUCCAAGUUGAUCUGCACCAUUUGUGAAGCGCUCUUGCAUAUAAACUAGAAGGUCUUCCUGUGGAUAGGUCUUUCACAUAGUUUUUAAUAGAAUUUUCACAUUGAAUUAUUGACAAUAUUUCUGACUAGUAUAAGUUAGAAAUAUGAGAACUAUAAAGUGAACAAAGAAGGAAUAUGAAAGGGUUAUGUAUGAUUGAGCAAUGACGAUGGAUGCACUUGAUUAUAGGUUUGUCUGCUUUGCUGAAGUACGUAAUUUUUCUCUGCAAUUGUAACCAUCAAUACAGUAAUUUUAAAUUGAAUAAAUUGUUUAUACAAUACUGUA